UGAGCCGAAGGCAGUCGCCUAACCAACUGAGCCACCCAGGCGCCCGGGGCUCUAGGAUUUUGAUCUGUUGAGAAAGCACGUGGGAAGGACAGGGACCAACCACAUUGGUAUUGAAGGCUCAGCCCAGCCCAGCAGACCAGAGACAUUGUGUGGGCAAACGGGGUUUUGGGGGGCUGGCAAGGACCCAUUGGGAGGAGCAGGCCGCCGGGCAGACUUAGAUGAUUCUUCUGCCCACAUGAUGGCUUGGGAGAGUACUAGGAUUUAGUGUCGAUUUGUGAGAAGAUACGUUAACGCUAAAACAAGUAGAAGUCGCAGUCCGCCCUCCUGCCUCCUCUGUGAGGGCCGUAUUUGUAAAUGAGUGUGCUGGUAACAUUCCUCAGUCUGUCUGCUCUGGGCAGUGAGGGUCGGCCCUGACCCUGCAGUUGUGGCCUCAGCUUCUGGAUUCCCAGCGGUAACAGCAGUGGUACCAUGAUUGAGCCCGGUGGUACUGGCUGGUGUUUUCCCACAGGAAACAUUAAAAUGCUCUCUCCAUUUGUUUGUAACUGUCCUCCAUUUUUCCCAAGUGCCCUGGGGCUGCCAAGCCCCAGGUUUUAGCCAUGCACGUAGCGUGUUCACUUUCUUGGAACUCUGCCUCGAUGCCUCCUUCCUUCUGGGGGCGGGGGCUCCCCUUACCUGUGGCCACCUUGCAAGGAAGGCUUGCAUCUGACGUUCUUUGUUCUGCCCCCUCCUGCCUUGGCUGGGUAUGGAAUUACAGGUGGAAAGUACCGCUGUGUCACUUCCAUAAAGCACUCUGACCCUUGGUGUCCUCACAGUGCAUCUGUUUCGGUGUUUGUAACCCAGGUUCCCUCAGUCUGGAGGGUUCUGUUCUGAGCUGGAGCAUUGAAGAAUUUCUGGCCCAUAAUUUUUUGUGUUCUUUGUUUUUUUGGAAUUUCUGUCCAUCAGAUUUUAAUUAUGUUCAAGAAUUUCUAUCCUCCCCACCCGAAAGACUGUGGAGCAGUUUCUGGCUCCGCAGAAUUGAGGGGAAGGAGCGGGAGCUCCUGUAGGCACGUAGCCGCCCCCAGGGCAGCGUCCCCAGCCGCUCAUGGACCCGCACUGACGCUGCGUCAGUCGGAGCCCCUCCUUUCCGUGGUGUGUGUGCUGUGGGCUCGGACAGGUGUGGAAAGAUGCGUGCCCGUGCCCACAGGGUCCCGCAGAGUGAUGGUUUCACGGCCCUGGAGCCCCGCUGGGCCCCCCCCGAGGGGCUCUGUGUCCUGUCUCCACGGUCCCGCCUUCUCCAGAACACCGCCGUCCACUUGGAAGCACAGACUCCCCGAGCACGACGAGGCGCCCGCCUUCCUCCUGGAGUGCGACCGCGCGGUGCUGGGCGCGCUGCAGACACACCUGGCACUGUACAAGAUCCGGCGGAAGGUCACGGUGGAGCCGCGCCCCAAGCUGCGCGUGUGGGCUGUGCUGCCCCGCACCCCGGAGGAGGCCGGCGGGGCUGCGCCGCUGCCGGAGCAGGCGGAGCGGACCACCAUCCUCACCCGCGACCCCCGGACCACCCGCAUGGGCUGGCGGCUUCUCACCCAGGACGAGGGCCUGGCCCUGGUGCCCGGCGGCCGGCUGGGAGACCUCCGGGACUAUCACCGGUACCGGUACCAGCAAGGCGUUCCCGAGGGGAUCCAUGACCUGCCCCCAGGAGUGGCCCUGCCCCUGGAGUCCAACCUGGCUUUCAUGAAUGGUGUCAGCUUCACCAAGGGCUGCUACGUGGGCCAGGAGCUGACGGCCCGCACCCACCACAUGGGCGUCAUCCGCAAGCGCCUCUUCCCCGUGCGGCUGUUGGGCCCUCUCCCAGCCUGCGGCAUCAGCCCUGGCGCCUUGGUGCUCACCGCGUCGGGGCAGGCAGCCGGCAAGUACAGGGCAGGCCACGGGGACCUGGGCCUGGCCUUGCUGCGGUCAGAGCAUAUCAAGGGCCCUCUCCACAUCAGGACGGCUGAGAGUGGCCAGGUGGCCUUAACUGCGACCGUGCCGGACUGGUGGCCCACAACCACCAAGUAGCUCCGGAGCUGCCAGGGGCCGUGGAGGGCCCUGUGCAUCUUCUGCGCUCUGCAGGCUGGCCCCCACUUCCCAGGUUGUCUGGUUAAUGCACACCCCCCCCCCCGGAGGCCCCCCAGUGGCGUGGGCCCCUCAGGGCUGUGGACAUUGUUGGUGUGCAGGUAUGGCCCAGACGUUUCCCACAGAGGGUCUGAUGCCCAGCUCUGGCUGUCCUCUCCCGGCCGCUCUGUGGUCACGCGGGGCAGGAGCCCUCUGGCAGCCGGAGGGUGAGGACAGGCAGGCCCUGCACCUGCUUCUGGGCUGAGCUGAGCUGCAGCUUCUGCCCGAUGAGGAUGGAACCCAGCUGUACGGCUUUAGAGGGCGUUCAGCCAUCCGCCGGGACAGGGAUGGUCCAGGGCCUUGCCCCUGGGCUGCCUGCACCCGUCUCCAUCUGGGAUUGGCUGAAAGGGCAGGUGGUCCCUGGGAACUGCCUUACCAUGUGCGGGCUGUGGAACCACGACAGCAUUUCAGGUGGGGUCCCCACCUGUGCACCGUGGUCUCGGCAGCAUGCACCUCACCCCCGGAGCUGCUCAGGGUGCAGGGAGGAGCUUCUGCUUGGUUUCCUUGCUGCUGGUUUGAGAUGUUGCUGUGUCCUCACAGUAAGAGCUGACUUCCCCCCCCUCCUUAAACCACUGACUUCCGUUGUCCCCUGCAAUGUGAACCUCAUGCUUACAGGGUGUCCCACUUGAUGUUCCAGGGUGGCUAUUAAAGCGUGACCCACCAGCA